CGAGGCCAGCUUGGGGCCCGCUAUGAAGGCAAAGAUCAAAUGCUGAUCUUUAUCUAAAUCUCUGGUUCGGGGAUCUCCCACUGAAACGGGUCAGUGGGUUUAAGCUAUCAAGUUCUGGCAAACAGCCUGACUUCAGACCCACAGGACACCAGACAGACUGAGUGUCACCGCGCUUCAUAACCUGACACAAUGCUGUCACGAACUGUGUUUUUACCCCUGCUCUGGGCAUUUGUUACUGUGUCCUUCACCUUCCCCAUCACUGGUGAAAAAGACAACGACGAGAGAGCUGCAGCCUUGCUGGAGUACCUGAAUGGUCCUGUUGAUAGUGCAAACCCAACUGGCCUUGCAGCAGGAGGAAAUGCUGAAGGACCAACUGGUGGAGAUGACUUUGCAGACCAGGGGACAGACCCCAUCAGCCUGGGUAUAUCCACAGACACCAAUAAUGGAGAAAGCAUGGAGAUGACCGGUCUGCCAGACCUUCUAGAUGCUGCAGAUUCAGCUGAUGCAGAUGGGAUGCCACUGGAAAUGGAUAUUACAGAUCCAGCUGCCAGUGACAGUGUUGAAGAUGAAGAUGCCGCUGAAACAGACUCGGAUGAUUCGUCUGAGGAGUCAGAGGUUGAGGAGGACGCUGAUUCACAAGGGAAAGAUGCAGACAGCGACAAGGACUUAGAGAUGGACCCAGAUGAUGCAGACAUGGAGACAGAUAACAGCGACAGUGACCAGGAAAUUGAGGCAGAUCAAGACACAGACAGUGACAAGGCCCUGGAAGCCGCGGUGGCGAGUGACAGCCAGCAGGACUCUGAGGAUGACAGUGAGAGCGAAGCAGACAGCCCGGAACAGGAAGCGGAGACGGACGAGGGGAGCAAAGACAGCGAUGAAAACCAAGAUGCGGCUGAGCAGGAUGACACAGCGGAUAGAGAUAGUGUUAAGGAUGAGGUGAGGGAGCAGGUGGAGGCAGGGGGAGAUGAAGGGCAACAGGCCGAGUCUGCGGAGAGCCUAGAGGAGGGUGGUCCCGUGGUCGCCCAAGUCCCAGAGGUGGAGCCAAGUAAACAAGGAGACAAGAAUGUGUCCUCGGCAGACUCCUCCGAGAGCAAGGAGGACAGCAAGGAUGACAGCAAGGAUGACAGCAUGGAUGACAGCAAGGAUGACAGCAAGGAUGUCAGCAUGGAUGACAGCAAGGAGGACAGCAAGGAUGACAGCAUGGAUGAGAGCGAAGUUGCUGUUGAAGCUCAGAGUGAUUCUAGUGAAGAGAGUGAUGUCCCAGACCAGAACCAGGACCAGGACAGCAAUGACAGUCAGGAGAGUGAUGUCCCAGACCAGAAACAGGACCAGGACAACAAUGACAGUCAGGAGAGUGAUGUCCCAGACCAGAAACAGGACCAGGACAACAAUGACAGUCAGGAGAGUGAUGUCCCAGACCAGAACCAGGACCAAGACAGCAAUGACAGUCAGGAGAGUGAUGUCCCAGACCAGAAACAGGACCAGGACAGCAAUGACAGUCAGGAGAGUGAUGUCCCAGACCAGGACCAGGACAGCAAUGACAGUCAGGAGAGUGAUGUCCCAGACCAGAACCAGGACCAGGAAAGCAAUGACAGUCAGGAGAGUGAUGUCCCAGACCAGAACCAGGACCAGGACAGUAAUGACAGUCAGGAGACUGAUGUCCCAGACCAGAACCAGGACCAGGACAGCAAUGAAAGUCCAGAGAGUGAUGUCCCAGACCAGAACCAGGACCAGGACAGCAAUGAAAGUCCAGAGAGUGAUGUCCCAGACCAGAACCAGGACCAGGACAGCAAUGACAGUCAGGAGAGUGAUGUCCCAGACCAGGACCAGGACAGCAAUGACAGUCAAGACCAAGAUGUCCCAGACCAAGACCAGGACAGCAAUUCACAAUCAGAGGAUACCAGUGUAGACAAGCUGUCUGAAGAGACGGACACUGACGACGCCAACGAGAAGGAAGACAGUUUGGCAUCUGACCCUGAACUUGAAGCAGACCUGGAGCCAGCAGAGGACGCAGACUCAAACGCAGAUGAAGAUGACCACCUUGAGGAGACUGCUCCAGAUUCAGACGAGACGGUGAAGUCAGACGAUCUGGAUGACACAGACAUGGUGUCUGAUGAGUUGGUUCAGUCAGAUGAGCAGGAGGAGCUGGACAUGUUAUCUGAUGAGCUCUCAGUCACACCUGAUCCACUGGACCCACUUGACCAGCUGGACCAACUGGACCAACUGGACCAUUCAGAUGAUAUGGUUCAGGGCGCAAAGCAGGGCUCUGAUGCUGCCAUGUUGACCCAGUCUUAGCGCUAUGGAAGGAAUCCACUGGGAUAUCAGUUUUCAAUAGAGCCAUCACGGUGAUGCCCAUCGAGGAAGACCCUGUCCCGCAGCCAAAGUAACAAAUCGCAUCAAAAUGUCACAUGUCAUGUUUCCUAACCCUGCAUUUCCUUGAAGGUUGAGGGUGUCUGUCUAGGGCUGUGGGGCUCAGAUUAAAUUAUUUCCUCUAUUUGAUGUAAAUUAAUUUCUACCCACUUGUUUCUCAAGGCUAGUUUAAUGUUUGACGAUGUAGAAUAUGUCGGUUAUCCAUAUUGCUCAUCUCGUCAGCCGUGUUCUGAUGUCCUGCUUGUCAGCUUUGCGUUGAUCAUCACAUACUGUUAGCUUUGCAAAAGUCUUGAAGGUUUUUGGUUUCAACUGUCUCUUUUGCUGUUGUGUGACAUAGUACUUUUUCUGUUCUUAGCUUUGUCCUUUUAACAGCUGCUACCCUGACUAUAACUCCACUGACUCUCAGAUCAUCAUUGGUUAAGUUAUGAUAAACAUAAUAAGAUGUACAUACAUUACAUUCUAGGCUAUGACAAUUCUCCUGCCUGUCUUGGACUUACAAACAGAAAUUUAUAGAAAAAAUAAAGAUUGCAUUUGGUGGAUCAAAGGUGAAAUAACAAUUGCAUGAACAUAAUGCUAAAACACUUUAUUUUCAAUGUACGCUUUAAAACACAAUAAAGAUUUGAGUUGUCAGAUUAA